UUUGGAUUCGAAGGCGCGUCCCGACCCCGAGGGGUGGCGGCGCAAGCGCACUGCGGGGCGGGGCGGCGCUGCCCCCUAGCGCCGGGGUGUGGGAUGCCGGGCGAGGAGGGGGAGGACGCCGAGCCGGGGGCCGGGGGCGCCGCGCCCCCCGCGCCCCCCGCUCCCCUCCCCGCCCCCUCCCCGCCGGCCGAGGACGGAGACACGCGGCAGCGCUACGAGGAGCUUUGCAGCAGCCUCAACAUGGACGAGCGAGCCCGUUCCGAGGCCUGGCUUAGCUACCAGAGCAUGAAGCGCAACUACACCCUGGAGGGAAAUGAUCUGCAUUGGCUAGCGUGUGCCUUGUAUGUGGCUUGCAGAAAAGCAAUUCCAACAGUGAGCAGAGGGACAGCUGAGGGAAAUUAUGUAUCCUUAACCAGAAUUUUGCGCUGUUCAGAACAAAGCUUGAUAGAGUUUUUUAACAAGAUGAAAAAAUGGGAAGACAUGGCAAAUCUACCCUCCCAAUUCAGAGAACGAACUGAGAGACUGGAGAGAAACUUUACAGUUUCUGCAGUAAUUUUUAAGAAGUAUGAGCCCAUUUUUCAGGACAUUUUCAGAUAUCCUCAAGAAGAUCAACCUCGUCAACAAAGAGGAAGAAAACAGAGACGACAGCCGUGCACAGUGACUGAAGUUUUCCAGUUUUGUUGGGUGCUGUUUGUUCAUGCAAAAGGUAAUUUUCCUAUGAUCAGUGAUGACUUGGUCAAUUCCUACCAUCUCUUGUUAUGUGCUUUGGAUCUAGUGUAUGGAAACGCUCUCCAGUGUCCUAACCGUAAAGAACUUCUGAAUCCUAAUUUUAAAGGUCUACCUGAAGACUUUCAUAGUAAGGAUUAUAAAGUAUCAUCUGAUCCUCCCUGCGUCAUUGAAAAACUGUGUUCAUUACAUUACGGACUAGUUUUAGAAGCAAAAGGCAUAAAGGAACAUUUUUGGAAGCCAUAUAUUCGGAAACUUUUUGAUAAAAAGCUUUUAAAAGGAAAAGAUGAGAAUCUGACUGGAUUUCUAGACCCUGGGAACUUUGGAGAUAGCUUCAAAGCCAUUAACAAGGCCUACGAGGAGUAUGUUUUGUCAGUAGGAAAUCUCGAUGAGCGAAUAUUUCUUGGGGAGGAUGCAGAUGAAGAAAUUGGAACUCUCACAAGGUGCUUAAAUACAACUUCAGGAAUGGAAACAGCUGAAAGAGUACAAGUGAAGCAUAAUUUGCAGCAGCACUUUGACAGGUCCAAAUCGCUUAGGAUUACAACCCCACUUACUGGCCGCAAGUAUAUUAAAGAGAGCAACCCGUAUGUAACGCCGGUUUCCAUUGCAACAUACAGUUUGAGCCGCCUUCAUACGAUGCUGGCGGGACUGAAAAAUGCCCCCAGUGAAAAUCUGGAGCAAAUACUCAGGGCAUGUUCCAGAGAUCCUUCUCAAUCUAUUGCAAACAGAGUAAAAGAAAUGUAUGAAGUAUACUGCCAGAGCAUGCAGUCUGAAGGGGAAUUCAGUAAUUUCUCCAAAGAUGUAGCUAGUAAGCAUUUUCGUCGUGCUGAGGUGCUAUACUACAAGGUCCUGGAGUCAGUCAUUGAGCAAGAGAGGAGGAGGCUGGGAGACACUGACUUAUCUGCAAUACUGGAGCAAGAUGUGUUUCAUAGAUCUCUGCUGGCAUGUUGCCUUGAAAUAAUUACGUUUACGUACAAGCCACCUGGAAACUUCCCAUUCAUCACUGAAAUAUUUGACAUUCCAGUUUAUCAUUUUUAUAAGGUAAUUGAGGUUUUCAUUAGAGCAGAGGAUGGCCUUUGUCGGGAAGUAGUGAAACACCUUAAUCAUAUUGAAGAACAGAUCUUGGAAAGUAUGGCAUGGAAACAGGAAUCCAUACUGUGGGACAGAAUCAGAGAUAAUGAAAACAAAGUUCCCAUGUGCGAAGAGGUAAUGCCACCGCAGUACUUUGAGAGAUCCACUGGGAACAGUGUUGUAGGUUCACCGUUGACCCCAAGACGAAUUAACGAGGUUCGUGCUGAAACUGGAGGACUAGGAAAAGGCCUUUCGUCCUCUCCAACCACCCUAUAUGACAGAUACAGUUCUCCUACAGCCAAUCCUACAAGACGACGACUGUUUGUUGAUAAUGAUAAUACCUCUGACACUGGAACUCCAGUAAGAGUUUCACAACAGCCUGUGGUAAAUACAGUGCCUGUGCAGAACAUGAACCCUGAAGCCAUGUCGGUAACUCCAGUGCCCGGCCAGACGCUGGUUACAGUGGCAACUGCCACCGUAACAGCCAAUAAUGGGCAAACUGUUACCAUACCAGUACAAGGUAUUGCCAAUGAAAACGGAGGAAUAACUUUCUUCCCAGUCCAAGUAAAUGUAGGUGCCCAGCCUCACGCGGUCGCUGGUCCCAUUCAGCCUCUCAGUGCCCAGACUCUUGCUGGUACCCUGAACACACAGAUGACUGGGGCAACCCUGCAGUUACCAGGCCAGCUCACGGUUCAGCAGAUCUCUCCUGGAGAGCAAAGGCAAACCCAGCAAUUUAGCACAGCCAUCAGGCCUCGGAAGAUGGGCUCACUUUCACUCUUCUUUAGAAAGGUGUAUCAUUUAGCCAGUGUUCGUCUGCGAGAUCUCUGCGUCAAACUUGAUAUAGCUGAUGAGCUGCGGAAAAAAAUCUGGACGUGUUUUGAGUAUUCCUUGGUGCACUGCCCUGAAAUCAUGAUGGAUAGGCAUUUGGAUCAGCUGCUGAUGUGUGCCAUUUAUGUAAUGGCUAAGGUUACUAAGGAAGAUAGAUCAUUUCAGAACAUUAUGCGCUGCUAUCGGACACAACCACAAGCCAAGAGUCAUGUAUAUCGGUGCGUCCUGAUAAAAGGCCGGAGACGACGACGAUGCUCCGGCAGCAGUGACAGCAGUAGCCAGCAGGACUCACCUACAGACAGAAAUAAAGAGAGGAACAAAGAAAGAAGCAGCAGGGACUCCAGCCCAGUGAUGCGAUCCAGCAGCACCCUGCCUGUACCGCACCCCAACAGCGCUCCCCCUACGCCAACCCGGCUGACAGGUGCCAACAGUGACACAGAGGAGGAAGAGCGAGGGGACCUUAUACAAUUCUAUAACAACAUCUACAUCGAGCAGAUUAAAGACUUUGCCCUAAAGUAUACUUCAAAUGCACAGACCGACUCUCCUCCGCUCUCGCCCUACCCAUUUGUGAGGAUUGGCUCCCCUCGCAGGAUACAGCUGUCCCAGAAUCACCCUGUUUACAUCUCGCCACACAAAAACGAGUUUACACUCUCUCCUCGAGAAAAAAUAUUCUAUUAUUUCAGCAGCAGCCCGUCUAAGAGACUAAAGGAAAUUAACAGCAUGGUUAGAACUGGAGAAACUCCAACAAAGAAGAGAGGCAUUCUUUUAGAAGAUGGUACUGAAGCACCAGCUAAGCGAAUCUGUCAGGAGAAUCACACUGCUCUGCUAAGACGACUACAAGAUGUAGCAAAUGACCGAGGGUCUCACUGAGUCAGUCCACUGUUCCAGCACAGGUAUUCCCUCUCCGCCACUCAUAGGGCCAGGCUGCUGAGUGCAGCAUGUGGGUUCACUGGGCCUUUGCCAGUGUCUUCAGCCAGGCUGUCCCCUCUUCCCAUCUUGCUGCCCCAGGCUGCGCCAAGCCUUGUGCUCCUCCAAAGGGGCAGGAGAAAGGGCUUCCCCUGCCCUUGGGGCAGCAAGGAUCCGCUUCAAUCCUGCAUCCCCACCUCAGCCUGUGGUUACGCUCCUCCUAAGGCAAGCCAUCCACCUCCAGCCUCGGGCUUCAGAAAGCAACUGAAGAGCUUUUUGGUGCUUGGAGAAUGCAUCCCCAGUACAGCUUUCUACACUUUCUACCUUGCAACAGGUAUUCAAAUCCAUUUCCUCUAACCAUUUUUGUCAGUGCUUUGCCCUUACCAUCUUUGGACUAGCAAGUGAUACAUGCUGCAGACACAGGAGCAUGGCACCAAGAUACCCAUAUUCGUCGGUGUCCUGGUUGUUACAGUAACGAGCUCCACAGAAAUGAUAAUUUACAAGUAAUGUUCUAGCAACAUCCAGCUCUGCUUGGAAAGGGAAGAUGGGAAUCAUCUUUUUAAGCCCUGAAGGAAGCUGGCUGAAUGGAUCUUUUCCACAUUUAGGAUGUUUCAUGUGCCCCUGAAAACCAUCACAUCAUUUUGCUUUACUGUUUGGGCACCUUGUUUAUAAAGGUAGAUCAUUUUGUUUAUGCAUUGUUUCUAGCUGUGCAAUGUUCUAAAGCGAACUCUCGUUCAUAAGGUGGCACUUUUGAUAGGGCUGUGAAGCAUCAUUUUUAAAGGCAGAUUAGUUUUGCUGUAUAUUUGCAAUGGCACUUUCUAAAUGUGAAUUUUUUUUUCAAAGGCUGACUUCAGCCGUCUUUCUGUAUGGAAGCGAUUUGACUUUUGUAUUUAUUUUUAAAUUGACAUCCCACAGCUCCCCUCUUCAGCAAAUGGCAUUAAGAAUUCAUUUAAACUUGAUGUAUAUGCAGUAACGAACGCAGGCAGCUCAGGAUGUUUGCUUGUUUCGAGGAAUUUUAUAUGCUUGUAAUGUUUCUUCAGCUUGCUUUUCCUGAGCAUCAGGAAAUAGUCACCUUGCUUACUCAGUAGAGAGAGGGUGGUGCCCAUGUCCUAACACAUAGACUUAGCUGCUUCGUUUGUUUUUACAGGAAAGGGUUUGUGGGCUUUUGGUUGGGGUUUGGUUUUUUUUAAGUGUACUAAAUCAGGCUGCCUGAGAGAAAUCUCUCCCUGCUAAUAGGAUAAGGAAGCAGUGCAUAUAUUAGACUUACUAGAUGUUUUCAUUUAAAAUAGUUCCAAAAUACCAGACUUCUUAGGAAAGUGCGAAACACACUAACCACUAGUACAGGAUGCCAAUUUACUCUUUUUUGGUGACAUGACUGGGACAGUAGUGUUGUUAAUGGAAAAUGUAGCACACUCAGAUUCCAGAAGUUUUUAUAAGUAAGCAGAAGUGAAAAGCUCUGUUUUCAGUCAUUCCUGGUCCUCUGAAUAACAGUUGAAUUAAGUCCUAAAUCUUCCCAUAAGGUCAAUUAAAAGAUAAAAGCAUCUUUCAUUCUUACCUGCAUAACAAGAAGACUGAAGUCGAGAAAUUGUGUAGAUGUUUCUGUAAAAAUAUUUAUGAAAUUGUCAGACAAUUCUUGUUACUUUGCACCAUUUACAUUACUUUGUAUGGAAAUAUUACAAGUGUAUUUUUCAAUAAAGAAUUUAUAAGCUCAUAA